UCGGAAUCCGCCUAAGGCUUCUUUCACAUAUUGCUCACAAUUCUACUAUCUGUGAUCCCACAAUGAAGCGAUUGAUAGCUUUUGACCUUGACGGCACUCUUGCCGACAGCAAGCAGGCACUUGAUGAUGAGAUGGCUGUCAUUCUUGAGCGGUUGAGCCACGUCACGGACAUCUGUGUGAUCUCUGGCGGAGACUGGCCGCAGUUCGACAAGCAAGUCGCCAGCCGCCUACCCGACAGCACCAAUCGCUCACACUUCUGGCUGAUGCCCACCACGGGCACCAAGCUCUAUCGCUUCGAGAACGGCCAGUGGGUCAGAAAAUACGCUGAUCUAUUCAGUGACGAGGAGAGGGCUCAUAUCAUCAAGGAGUUGCGAGCCUCUAUUGACCGCCUAGGUUUCACGCCAGCUGAAAUCUGGGGAGAACAGAUCGAAGACCGCGGCAGCCAGAUUACCUUUUCAGCCCUCGGGCAGGAAGCCCCCCUCCACCCAAAAGAGAGCUGGGAUCCCAAGCAGGAGAAACGCCGCUUAAUUCAGGAAGAUCUCCAACCCAUACUUCCAGAUGUCUCUGUACGUAUUGGUGGUGCGACAUCAAUAGAUAUCACACGUGUAGGUGUCGACAAAGCUUACGGCAUGCAACGCCUGUCAGAGCUUUCCAGCAUCUCCAAGUCCGAGAUGCUGUUCUUCGGGGACGCACUUUAUCCUGGCGGAAACGAUGCGCCCGUGAGAGACAUGGGCAUUGACUCUGUCCAGGUCUACAAUGUUGAACAGACGAAACGAGCUCUUGAGGCCGUCAUUCUCUGCCUAUCUUAGGGGGUUUUUCCUGUCUGCCCAAUGAGAACUUUACUUUGGAAUGACCUGGAACGAGAGCCAAGGGGCGCUGUUCUUUCU